UGGUCACAGAUAGGUUUUUCCUGGGUGUCUUAUCGAAACAUGCUGGAAAGGCAUAAUUGCAACCCCAAGAAGUUGCCAAAGACGAAGGCAUACAAUUAAAUUUGAAAGCAGAUUUAUCAAUAUUAAUGUGCUGUCACAACAGAAUAGACGAAGCUCAAGCAGAAGAUCGACCGUUCGUGCGGAAAAAUGGAUGGUCUUUGCCCUUGAAUGGUUUACAGAUACUGGCGUGGUUGUUGAUUUUAUAUUUUGGUGUGGUGUUCUACGCAGUGGAGGGACUUGCAUUGGAACCAUAUUGGUGGCCCAUUGUGUUUUCUAUAAUCUCCGUUGUGUAUGUCACAAACAUCAUUUUCCACACAACAUCGACAACAAUCAACCCAGCUGACGAUAAUUCCACCAAGUGGAAAGCAACGUCUCGUCCCGUGUUGAAAUUCAAUCGAAAACUCCACAAACAUGUUAUUGAGAAUAAUUAUUGCCAUCUCUGUGAAACAAAUGUUGGAGAAAGCAGCAAACACUGCAGUGCGUGCAACAAAUGUGUGUCUGUGUUUGACCAUCAUUGUAAAUGGUUGAACAACUGUGUGGGGGACAAAAACUACAGGUUUUUCCUGGCAACAAUAACAAGUGCAUUGCUUGGUUGUAUUGGAAUGAUCGUGGUAUCAAUAAUAGUGUUUGUUGAAACAAUUCCUUUUCUUUCUUCACCUACAAGUGCUUCAGUCAAUGUUUGGUGGAAAACAUCUCAUGCUUUGGCCAUCGUUAUAGAGAUCUUCAUUUUCCUAAAGAUCAUUUUCCUUGGUCUUUCCAUUCUUUUGCUUUCACAACUACUAUUGUUCCACGUCAUGCUCAAUCAUCGGGAACUAACGACGUAUGAAUACGUGAAGAGAAGUGAGAGAAAGAAGAAUGAGAAAAAGGCAAAAAGAGAAGAAGAGAAUAUUGAGAACGGAACUUUUUGUAACGAGCCACUAGGUGUUGAUAGCGAGAGCGUUGCAAACAUGGAUGACCCGAGGGAAAUCCCAGACACCCCAACCGCUCACCCCUUACCCCAAUCCAGCGGGGAAAUCCCUAAAUCGGAUCUAUACAAUGGGAACGGUUUGGUGAAGAAUAAGAAAGGUAGAAUAGCGAGACCCCUUCCUAAGUUUCCAACAGCUUCUCAUCAAUAUUCUAAUGAUGGUUUCCUUCAUGAAGCGUCCAAUCAACACAAUGUGCAGUUACCUCAUUCUAUAUCAGAUGCAAACAUUACAAGCACUGAAUCCUAACAAUCCACACUGAGAGGUCACUAAGGCACUACGUUUAUGCUCACUGUGACAUAAGUAUUAUUAUUAUUAUUACAAGUUAAAUAUACAUAUUGUAUAAAUCAUCCGGUAAGGUGCCUUGUAUUUAGUGUGUAUAUUAUUAUUAUGCAACAAUCUUCAGUGCUUUUUACUUCAAUAUUUCACGCACUGUGUCGUAAUCCACUUUGUUCAAUAAAUUAAUCUUUUGUGAACUUUUUA